AUGAAGGUCUCACUCGCCUUGCUCAGCUGCCUCGCGGUGGCCCAGGCCCAUUUCGCCUUCCAACCCAUCCAGCCUCCUCUGAGGGCUGAAGAUGAAGAGGAAGGAGUCCUCUCCAAGAGAGAAGCCGGUUUCUUUGAGCAGCUCAUUGACCACAAUGACCCAUCUCUCGGGACCUUCCAGCAGAGAUACUGGUGGAACUCCACGUACUGGGAGGGACCUGGUUCUCCGGUGGUGUUCUUCACGCCUGGAGAAUCAGAGGCUGCCCCCUACACCGGAUACCUCACGGAUCGGGCCAUCACAGGAGCCAUUGCCAAGGCAAUCGGCGGUGCCGUCGUUAUGGUUGAGCACCGUAACUGGGGAACCUCCCUGCCGUACGCGGUCCAAGACACCAAGAACCUCCAGCAGCAUACCAUGACGAAUGCUGUCCUCGACUUUGCCAACCUUGCCCGCAACGUCCAACUGCCUUUCGACAAGAACGGCAGCAGCAACGCCCCCCAAGCACCCUGGGUGUACACCGGCGGAUCAUACUCCGGCGUCCUGGCCGCAGCCAUCGCAAAGCUCGCUCCGGGAACCUUCUGGGCCUACCACUCCAGCAGUGGCCCUGUCGAAGCGACCUACGACUACUGGAGCUACUUCCUCCCCAUCCAGAACGGCAUGCCUAAGAACUGCAGUCGCGACUUUGAGCGGAUCGUCGACCACGUGGACAACGUCUUGCUCACCGGCAGUGAUGAUGAGAUCUACUCCCUGAAGAAGAAGUUUGGCCUCCAGGACCUUGCUCACAAGGAGGACUUUGCCUCGGCUCUCGUCGGACCCCUUGGCUACUGGCAGUCCAUCCAGCUGUACUCGGGAUACUCUGCCUUCUACGAAAUGUGCGAUACCGUCCAAGGCGCCAUUGGUAACUUCUCGGCACCCAACGCGACGUACAGCGCAGACGGCGUCGGCCUUAGGGAGGUCGUAGAGGGCCUUGGAGGCUGCGGCGGCUGGGUCGCGGACACCGACGAUGAUUGUUGUUGA